AUGGACAAGCUUAUUGUAUUCAGCAAUAAAACAGAAGGCCGAGACAAGUUCUGCAAAGUAUUACAAUAUGGCAGUAGAAUGCUAAAAGCCCUUCUUUCCAAUCCAGUCACAAAGGAACGGCUUAACGGCCUUUUCACUGCAAGCAGAGAUGCCAGAAAAAUGUUUCGUCUCUGGAAAAGUGUUCACGAAUACGACGCAAUGGUAAAGCUUCUUCAAAAUGUUGGAAUUGAUAACCCUCAGCGAGCCCUUCAAUUUUUGUCACGUUUAGCUUUCUUUUUCUAUUGGCUUUUUGAUAAUUUAGCAAUUCUAUCUGCAAUCAAAUUUAUAAAGAGAGACACCCAAAAGCUGACGAAAUCUGCUAUGACUUGUUGAUUUAUUGCUUUGAUUUUUACUCUGAUCAAUUUAUUGAGAAAUUUGGUAAUAAAUUUGUCGAAGGAUGCAAAAUUAAAGCGUCCAUCAACUGAUUCAAAUGCACAAUCCACUAAACAGACACUUGAUGCCUUGAAAGGUGCAAGGACUCAGAUCUAUAUUAACCUUGUGAAAACACUAGGCGAUAUGAUUCCUGCAGCUGGCGGGGCACAAAUUGCACUCAAGAUUUUCGGGAAAAAUUUCUCAGAAAAAUGGAUCGGACUCGGAGGGUUGGUUUCUGCUCUUAUUUCCUGUUACCAAGCAUGGCCUUAA